AUGGUAACUGCACCGUUGGCACCAAGAGUGAAAAAGACUGAAGAAACAUAUCAGAAAGUCACCCAAAUCGAGCAUAUUGUAAAACGUCCAGAUACAUACAUUGGUUCGGUACAAGUGGUAAAUGACGCACGAUGGGUGUUUGACAAGAACAAGGAAGCAAUGACCCAUCGUCUAGUGACUUUUGUCCCUGGAUUGUACAAAAUAUUCGAUGAAAUCCUCGUAAAUGCGGCUGAUAAUAAGAUUCGCGAUCCGUCGAUGGAUACCAUUAAAGUAACAAUAGAUGCAGCCGAUAACACCAUUUCCAUACAUAAUAACGGGCAGGGGAUUCCAGUGGAAGUUCAUAAGAAAGAAAAUGUCUACGUGCCAGAGCUAAUAUUCGGACACUUGCUCACCUCGUCUAAUUACGACGACGAUGAGAAAAAAGUCACUGGAGGACGGAAUGGAUACGGAGCUAAACUAUACAUUAUGGGACAAAUGAGUCAACCUAAACUUACGACAGCCAGCAAAAAGGAAGAUUUUACUCGCAUCACAUUCAAACCCGACCUUGGAAAAUUUGGCAUGACCACGAUCGAUAAAGACACCGAGGCGCUUCUUGUUAAACUCGUCUAUGAUCUAGCCGGAAGUGAAGAUGAAGGGACAAAGCCGACUCUUAUUACGAAAAUAUUAACGAUCGAUGGGAAGUUGGUGUUUGCGUCAGUGAUGGGCCCAACAGAUCAACUUGUUCGCGAGAUUACCGAGACAAUAAAGAAAAAGUUCAAACAAAUAACCCCACCAAAACCCUCUCAAAUUAAAAAUCACCUCUGGAUCUUUUUAAACUGUCUGAUAGAGAAUCUGGCCUUCGAUUCCCAAACGAAAGACACCUUGACUUUACAACGGAGUGCGUUUGGAAGUACUGCUGUGUUAAGCGACGCUUUUGUAAAAAAAAUGCUUAAAACAAAUAUAAUCGACAAUAUUGCUAAACUCAUGAAAGUCAAACAAGAACAGCAGCUUCGAAAAACAGACGGCUGGUACUCGAAAUGGGUCAAGGUGUACAUUGAUUCUAACGGAAGGAGAUUCUGCAAAGGCAUUGGCUGUCAGCGGGUUGUCAAUUGUUGGAAGAGAUCAUUUCGGGGUAUUUCCUUGAGAGGAAAGCUGUUGAACGUGAGGGAAGCCAAUCUGAAGCAAGUAUCUGAGAAUCAAGAAAUAAACAACAUUAAGCAAAUAUUGGGACUGCAACAUCGGAAGGAAUAUAAGGGCACCGAGAGCUUACGAUACGGAAGUCUCAUGGUCAUGACCGAUCAGGAUCAUGAUAGUUCACACAUUAAAGGGCUCCUAAUAAAUUUCUUGGAACAUUAUUACCCGUCUCUGUUGAAGUUAUCUGGCUUUCUAUUCGAGUUCAUAACGCCAAUUGUAAAGAAUAUGAAACACGGAAAGCGGCCAACAACGGUGGAAAAGGCUAGAAUAUCAAAUACUACAAGGAUUUGGGCACGAGCACUGGCGACGACGCUCGAAAAUAAUAAUAUCGCACACUGA